AUCCCACUCGAGGAGGGAUUCCCACCCAGGUAUUGGGGGAGCUGUUUGCAGCGUGUAGGGAAGCUAGGAGUCAGCCCUGACCUGCGUUACUGACAGAGGGUCUGAAAGCACCUACUCUGUCUACUUGCGGGCUUUCUGGAACUUGAAGAAUCAGCUAGAGGCAUGGAGUCCAUGCACAUAAGUUAAAUUUUGUAGAUGCUCUCAUUCAGGAGUAAACAUGGCCUUAGUUUCCUGUAACUAAGCAUGGUCUACACUCAGGCUAUGUCUACAUUACCACUUAUGUCAGUAUAAGUCAGCCCCUGAGUGACAUAAGUUGCAUGGACCUAAACACCAGUGUGGACAGCACUAUGGCAGUGGGAGAGCUUUUUCCACUGACAUAGGUGCUGCCGCUUGUUGGGAGUAGAUUAACUGAGUCAAUGGGAGAGGUCUCUCCCGUCUGCUUAGAGCGGCUACACUAUAGAGCUCACAGCAGCACUCUCUAGUGUAGCCAUAGCCUUAAAAGUUAGGCUGAGGUAGCUAUAUUAGUCAGGGGUAUGAAAAAACACACCCUUGAGUGCUGCAGUUUUGUCAAUGGAAGAAUGCUUCUAUCAACCUAGUUACUGUCAGUUGGGGAGGUGGUGUUCCUGCAUUGGUGUAGGCUGCAUAUAUGCUACGGGGUUAUGCCAGCGUAGUCUCCUGGAUCCUCCUUGCAUCUUUCCUUGCCCUUUGAAGGUAUCUUCACACCUUUAGUUUAUUUGCCUUAACUUUUCUAAAUGUCCUCCUACUCUCUGCAUGAGGAAGUGUCCCUCCUUUGAAACUGUAGCUCCUUUUCUUCUUGUGGAUGUUGUUUUACUUCAGGAUUUAGAAAUACACUCUGUUACCACUGCCAGUUUUUACUGCUCUUAUUUGGAAAAUAUUGAUCUGUUUUGUUUGUUGCAAUGUUUGUACAGGGGCUUGCAGUUGGCAGUGCUUGUUUUAUGUUUCUGCACCAGUAAUGUUGAAGAGGCAACAGCGGUUUGAGAAUAAAGUCCUCUCCCUGCAUGAAAAAGACAUUGAUGAAGUUCUACAGACCAACACAGUAUUUGUAAACGUCUCUAAAGGUCAAGUUGCAAAGAAGGAAGAUCUCCUCAAAGCUUUUGGAACUGAAGACCAAACAGAAAUCUGCAAGACGAUUUUAACAAAAGGGGAGUUGCAGGUAUCUGACAAAGAGCGACACACACAAUUGGAGCAGAUGUUUAGAGACAUUGCAACUAUUGUCGCUGAGAAAUGUGUGAAUCCUGAAACAAAGAGGCCAUACACAGUAAUCCUUAUAGAAAGAGCCAUGAAGGAUAUCCACUAUUCUGUUAAACCAAACAAGAGCACCAAACAGCAGUUAAUGUCUCUGCAGGCUUUGGAAGUGAUCAGACAGUUAAAGGAGACUAUGCAGAUUGAGCGGGCUCACAUGAGACUGCGGUUUAUUCUCCCAGCAAAAGAGGGCAAGAAGCUAAAAGAGAAGCUCAAACCACUGAUCAAAGUUAUAGAGAGUGAAGACUUCGAUGAGCAGUUAGAAAUUGUGUGCCUCAUUGAUCCAGGCUGCUUCAGGGAGAUCGACGAACUGAUCCGGUGUGAGACUAAAGGGAAAGGCUCGCUCGAAGUGCUCAGUCUGAAAGAUGUGGAAGAAGGAGAUGAAAAGUUUGAAUAAAACCCUUCCACCAACAUCACUUUUGUGGCAAACACUAUAAAGAGGCAGAGUUAGGCCACCUCAUUCUGUUAAGGUUUUUGUUUUUCCAACCUAUUGCUGCCAAAUAAUUGCUGUCACUAGCUCUAUUUGGGAUUAUUCCAGGCCAUGUUUCCUUGCAUUUGUCUGGGUAACAAGUGCCUUUUAAUAAAGAGGUGUUUGAGUGUUCGAUUUGCACUAAGCAUAAAGUUAUAGGACUUAACAGUGAAAGGCUAUACUAGCUUUGUUUUGGUGUGGGUAUUGAUUAUAUUGGUGUUCAUCUGCGCCAAGCCCUUUUCCCUUUAAUUUAGUGCUGGGUGGAAGGCUGCAUCUAUCCCAGAGCCGUUUAUUGCGUAUGAGGAGAAACAUGCACAGGCAAAAGAAUUAAAUGAAGUGUCACUCUUAAAACAGUGCAUGGAGUUACUGUGUAUAUUAUUAACCUUGUUUAAUGGCAGCAUUAAACAUGAGUGACCUAGACUGCCACAUGCUACUGCUAGAGAAAUUUCACUAUUUGUAAAUAGACCAUUCUUAUAUAUUUUAUUCAUGGGAUACAUGCAAAAUAUACAUCCUAACCUGGAGAAAAGUGUUCCCCUAAUUCAUUCUUUCAACUGUUAAAUGAAUUAUAAUAUAUAUAAAGUAUUUUAUAGGAUCUGGCACUAGUGUAGUGGUCCUUUAUGCUUGUGUGAGGCUGAAGCUGUGCUCCCAAAAUAUGCAAAAAUUCACUACUAAAAUAAACCUGAUCUAGACUAGGUAAAGGAAUCUGCUCCUUGAGAUAGAGAAGCUCCCAGCGUACCUUAGUUUUCCCCUGCUGGACUUGUAUAUGUUCCUUUCCUUAUCCAAGAUAAAAGCCAAAAUGCUUUAAACCUCUCUAGUAUCUUCAUGUUCAACCCUUUGUGUGUCUUGCUGAUGUCCACACACACUUUCUACCAACCCACCUGCUGCAGAAGACAGCACUCUAAACUACUUUGCUAAAAUUACAGUACAGUUUUUCAAACAAGAUAGUAUAUGAAUAAUACAGCUAAGCAGCUCUAAGAUGUAUUCAUACUUCCUGAGGCAGAAUACACAAUAGUGGGGAAAGAGUAAAUGAUAUUAACUUGGCCUACCCAUCCAUGGAUUGUUCAAGGAUAAACAUGGAGUUUAAAUGGAGCCCUUGGCAUUAAACAUCAACUUCUGUGACAGUAGUAUGAUGCAGCAAAAUAUGCAUUAGUUGUUUGGUACCAUUUCUGUUUCCUAGUUUAGGGGAUGAGCCAGUACUGUGGUCACUUGCUGCCUCCUAGAGGGAAGUGGCAUAUGUAUUUUGUGACAGGUGUCAGCUGUCCUCUGAUUUGAUGCAUACAGUUUCUGUGAAGACCUAGAUGAUGAUAGCAAUAUCUGUUUGUUGUAGUUAUAAACUAACACACAAGUACCUAGCAAAGCCCCUCUGUGCCCCUCAGGAAUUUACCUCCCCUUUAGUUUGACAGCCUGAGCUUGUUCAUGGGUCAGAUUGCAGGGGAGGCCAAUAAGAAAUGUAAAAGUACUUAAGUUGCAUUGGAGUUUAAGUCCCACUGAUAGUCAGUGGGAUAUGGGUUCCUUAGUCAUUAAGCAUUUUGAAAAUUGAAAUUACCUGUGUGAUUUUGCUGCCAUGUCUUCUUAUGUGGACAUACAUUAGACUAAGUGGCUACACACAAACUAUACUAGUACAGUUAAGCUGGCACAUUUCCCCAUGUUGAUAAGCCAUUGAUUGUGCUCAUCUUUGAGAUGGUUGAGCACCAAAGAUACUUAUCAGUAUCAAUAUCCCAUUGAGAUUAACUGGGCAAUUCAUUACUCUUAUCUAGUGUUUUGGGUUGCCGACAGCUUCAGCCAUCACUGCAUCCAUAAUGAUUAGAGCUGUUUUUCUUUAGGGAUAAAGCAUAGUUUCUGAAGAGCAAACUUGGGAGCUAGCAGGAGAAAGAGGAGUUGCAUAAUUUAGCAGAAUCCAGUUCACAAACUUGGGGAGGGGAGGGAGUCUAUUUCCAUGUAAAGCCUUCUCUAGAAUUUGGGUGAAUUGUUCAGGUUUUUUCUUAGUAGAGGGAGUUCCUUUUUGAUUUUUUGUAAUUUAUGUACAGUUGGUUUGUUUAGUAUUUAUGGGUCAGGAAGAAUGGCUGACAAUAUCAAAAUAAACCUUAUUAAAGUU